GUGCAAUAUAAUCACAACGCUUGAGAAGUGUCCUGCAAGAUUUUUGUUUUUCCUUAUUUAAGCGUCUCUUGUCUUGUUGAAAGCAAGAGCACCAUAAGCAACAUUUAGACGUGGGUUACAAUAGGCACCUCAGCUCGCCCAAGGAGAUUUAACUAGACGUGGUUUUGCAGUUUUGCCACGUAAGUGCGUGCGUAGCUGCUGGUGGCGAUGGCGUCAAGCAAUGGCGGCCAACCUGCGCCGCAAAUGACCCUUGUGUCCAUGGCGGGUGCCAGAGAAGAUCACACCUUCGCCUCCUAUAUCGAGCAGCGGAAGCAUCGUCACGGCAGACAAUCGAUGGUCAUGUAUCCUAUGCUCCGUCGUGUCUUUUGCAGGCAUUGCAGGCGGUGGUCGCGGGGUGAAGACCACACGCUCACCCCCUGUCUUGUGUCCUCGCAUGACGUCGAGCAAGUGCCGGAGCCCGUUGACGAGCUUGCGUUGGAGGUGCGUUCUUGUUUCAGAUGCGCGCAGGAGAUCUGCGAGAAGACCCGGUAUCUCCGGGACGAGGCGCCGGCAAGCAGGGGCCGGGACACGCCGCUGCAUCAGGCUGCAAGGUCCAGGAACCUGACUAUGUUUUGCCAUCUCGUCACGUUGGUGGGCGAGGAGGGCGGCCAUGGCCUGGUGGUCCAGGCGCUGAGGAAGACCAACGACCGCAAGGAGACGGCCUUGCACGUGGCAGUCAGGAUCGGCGACAGGGACAUGGUCGAACUGAUGUUGUGGGUGGAUCCACAGCUUGGCCAAAUUGCGUGCCAUUAUAUCUCGCCAAUUUACCUAGCCGUUUCUCUGGGACGCAAGGACAUCGCGGAGGCCCUGCACGAUGCUUCAGGACCUUGUCACAUCGUGUCCUACUCCGGACCGAGCGGGCGAAAUGCCUUACACGCUGCUGUUCUUCAUGGAGACGAGAUGACAAAAAGUGUACUCGCUUGGAGCGAGGACCUUACCAAGCAGGACAAUAAUGGUAGCACCCCUCUCCACUUUGCUGUAUCGGUGCAACAACGUCCAUUCAUUUCUUUUGGAAUAUUUGGGACAUAUACAUGGUCAGAAAAAGUCCCAACCUGGCAGCUACUGGAUGCUGACUCAUCCAUGGCUUAUCGGGAGGAUGACCAAGGUUUGUUGCCCGUGCACAUUGCUGCCAUGACAAAUCAGAAUAUCGCUAUUCGCAUUCUCCUCCGGAGAUGCCCAGGUUGCAUGGGUUUGCGUGACGAGCAAGGAAGAACCUUCCUUCAUGUUGCUGUCCAGAACAAGGCAUCCCGAGUCGUAAGUACAGCUUGCAAAUUAAAACAAUGUGCACCCAUAAUGAAUAUUCAGGACGAGGAUGGCAACACCGCGCUGCACCUAGCUGUGGAUAAUCAGAAUAUUUCAAUGGUCAUUCGUCUGCUGCGGAACCAGCAUGUUUGCUUAAAUUUAAGGAAUGCAGAAGGGCAAACGGAACUGGAUCUAGCAAGGAGCAGGAUACGCGAAGGUUUUUUCUUUAGAUGGAAUCCAGACAAGGUCAUCUACAGAAUGCUCGUAGCCUUGGGGGCUAAGCAUGGUAAUGACUACCGGUGGGACCGUCUUUUACAAAACCGCUUUAAACCUAAAGCAGGUGAUGAUGCUGAGGCACGCAAAUUAUUGGAGAAAGAAGAGUCAGAUAAGCUGACAAGCUCGACCCAAACUCUCAGCAUCGGUUCAGUGCUCAUCGCGACUGUGACCUUCGGUGCAUCUUUCGCGCUGCCUGGAGGAAACAUAGCCGACGACCACCCUAACGGUGGCUCACCAACACUUGCCGGGAGGUGGUACUUCGACGCGUUCGUGGUGGCCAAUACAUUGGCUUUCCUCUGUUCAUCUCUGGCUACCGUUGGUCUCAUGUUCUCUGGCAUGGGCAUGGUUACACUGCCCUUCCGUCGCCUGCACUUCAACAUAUCCUUGCUCUUUGCCUCGAGCGCAGUCACAUCCUUGACCGCUGCCUUUGCAUUGGGCGUCUAUAUGGUGUUGGCGCCAGUUGCACGGUCAACUGCCAUUGCAAUAUGUGCCAUCAGUCCUGUCGUGUUGCUCUACAGGAGCGCACAAGAUUUAUGGAGAAUUGCUCUUGUUUCAGGAAUACUGUAUAGGAGAAGAGGAUUACCGGUUUGGCUCAUGUAUAGUGUUCAGGCUGUCUUCGGUCAAUUUGUUCUCCAUCUUUGGCCGUUUGCGGUAAUAUUUGGUUGGGCAGGUUAUUUAAGGGAACGCCGGCAUGGUUGACUCGAAGAAGACAGACAUAUCGGCCCUAGCAAUAUGCUCCACCUGAGGAGUUCUAUGCACUAUUAAAUUAUGGUUGUGAGCUUUUAUUAAAUUGUCACUAUAUGUACUGUUUUUUUUCUUUCAAUAAGGAGCUGGCCGGCAUUGUUACAUUAUAUUGAUUGUUCAUAGGCAUGUACUACUACUGAAAUAUGGUCAUCUUAAAUAUAUGAUGCAGUUGACUUUU